AAGCAGGAAAACGAAGGACUUCAAUCUGUUGCUAAUAAAUCAUGUGUGAAAGGAAGCCACAGCGAGAAAAUGGCUUCUCACAAGUCAAAGACUGGAACCAAGAUAAAUGUUGUAAAGGCAGCGGAGGAAUCCAGUCCAGUGGAUGAAUAUGUCACACCUGGGGGCUAUGAGCUGGAGAAAAUCCUAAACCGUGGGAGUGUGGCUUACACUCAUGUCAACGAGGUCUGGCCAAAUGUCCACAUCGGGGACGAGCAGACUGCAAAGGACAAGUGUAACCUGAAGAGGUUGGGGAUUACGCACAUCUUGAAUGCAGCAGAGGGGACGUGGAACAACGUGGACACCGGAGCUGGUUACUAUAGCGACAUGGACUUGGUUUACUAUGGUGUGGUGGCAGAAGACGUCACAACCUUUAACCUCAGCCAGUAUUUCUUCUCUGCGGCCCGGUUUAUAGAGGAAACAUUGAGCAAUCCUCAGAAUAAACUGCUGGUGCACUGCGUGAUGGGACGGAGUCGGUCUGCCACACUUUUCCUGGCCUACCUGAUGAUCUGUGAAAACAUGACGGUGGUCGACGCCAUCGAACACGUGAAGAGAUGCAGGAGGAUCAUCCCCAACUGGGGCUUCCUGAAACAGCUGAGAGAGUUGGACAUGCAGCUCCUGGAGAAAAGAGAAGAGGGUACAGAGCAGAGCUGA